CAUUUUCAUUCCUGCCAUACUGAAUUGUGGAAAGGGAAGAAAAACAGGUUCAACACUUACAUACAGUAGCUAUUUUAAGUGCCAGUCGGCAUUGAGUUUGAUGUCCUUCAAAUCAGGAAACAUUAGGCAAGAAAAUAGAAAUAUAUCAAGCUGACCUGUACGGUGACCCUACAGAACAUCCAAAUGAAAAGCAUUGUAAAAUCUAAAUAGCUCUGCAGAUGUGAUGGAAACACAGCAUAUCCUGGUCUGGCGUAUUUGUCUGAUCCUGGCCCUCUUGCCCCACCCACACCAAUGCCUGUCAGUGCAUUUCCAGAACAAGGGUCUCCUUUAUGUGGCUCCGGGGAGAGAGCUGGUCCUGCAGACCCAGUUCCAGAUUACACCAACAGAGAAGAUCAUCAUGGUGAUUUGGGACCGCCAGACUGAGAAGGGUCAGGGACAGGUCAGGCUGGCCAAUCACCAAGAUGCACCUGGCAAUCCUCUAGACCAGAAGGAGGCCUCAUUUAGGGUGGAGAAUAUAAGUUCAUCUGACUAUGGAAUGUACACCAUCACUGUGACUGACCAGAUGGGGAACGAGCAAUCAGCAAAUAUACUUGUUAGAGAGAUUGUUGCUGCUCCUGUAGCGUCUUUGUCGCUCCAGUGUGAGGUGGCCAAUGACAGGGCACAGUGGGACAGCCCAGUGUUUUCCUGGUUGGUGGAUGGGGUAGAGCUGUCCAAUCAGACAGACAAUCUCUCUGCAGAUGGCAGGAGACUCUACGUGUCCGGAAUGAAGGGCCACAACUACACCUGUGUUGUCAACAGCAGUCUGGGGACAAGUGUCACAUACUACGUCACUGAUUCUCCUACACCAUCCCAAAGUAUCCAAUCCUGUAACACUCUGUGUGGUGUAUUACUGGGCUUCAUCAUAGCGAUUCUAAUCACAUGUGGAUAUCUCUACUGGAAAUGCAGACAGCGGAGGACAUGACCUUAGGAGGGCCAUCGCGUUCCGUUAUCAGUCUUAUUUAUGGCACUUAUUUAUGGCACUUAUUAAUGGCACGCUCACACAAGUCUUUAAUAUUCUAUUGCAAUAAGUCACACUACCAGACCAAAUAUGAUUCCUAUCAAGAGCUGUGGCCCUAUUCACCAUCACUAAAAUAUAUUUAUAUGCCUAUUUAUCAAAUUAAAAUUGUAUUGGUCACAUACAUAUAUUUAGCAGAUGUUAUUGCGGGUAUAGUGAAAUGCUUGUUAUUGGUGUAUUACAUUUUACAUUUACGUCAUUUAGCAGACGCUCUUAUCCAGUGCGACUUACAAAUUGUAUUUCUAUGCCUAUUUGUGGUAUUUAUUGAUGCAGUGUCCACACGUAUAUUUUGACUAAUUAUAUCUUUGUAUCUUUUUUUUUGAAAGUACUCUAUGCCAUCACAUUUACAUUGUGCACAUGUACAAAUGAACCUAAACUUAAACCUACUUUUGUGAUGAUAUAAAGCAAAUGGGAAAAAAUUCACAUUAUUGUGACGGAGCAUGUGUGGAUUUAACCUAUUUCAUAACCUGA